UGCCGUUAUAAAACCUAUAGGGACCGGAAACACCAUUUUUAUAUAACCAAAGGCUGUCUGGGACAAUGUUUCUCCUGGUUCUGAUAUCAUGCGUUCUACUUGUAAACCACGUUGAUCCAGGUAGUGCAGAACACAUUCUUGUAUUGGCGGUACCAACCUUCAGCCACACCCGUAACCUCAUGAAUGUUGUCCACUAUGUGACUCGAACCUAUGGCCACACAGCCACCGUCGUAACAUCAACACUGAUAGCUAAUAAGUUGAAACUUCGGUCUAACGCUGCAAUCGAUAUUAUCAUUUCAAGUGUAUUUGACAAAGCAGACUUUAAGGGCGCCGAGACAACAUUAGCUAAAGAGAUAUGCCACUUGAACAUAAUCGGUAAAACAUCAAGCCUUUCAGAGCAAGUAAACAUAGUAAAGGUAUGCGAUGAUUUUCAUAACGACACGUCACUUCUCACACUUCUUAAACAUAGACAAUUUAAGUUGGCAAUUGUUGACAAUAUUCCUCUAGCCGAAUGCUUUGCAUCCUUGGCUUAUAAACUUGCUUUGCCCUACAUCUAUUUUGGAGUUCUGUAUGACCCCGUGAGGAUGCGGAUUCCAUUUUCUCCAGCAUCAACUCCUUUCUAUCAUCGGUUUGUUUUGAGUGACACAAUGAGUUUCUCUGAAAGAGUACACAAUGUUCUAACAUCUAUUGUGAUGGAAAUAGCUCCUAGCUACCUAGUGUCAAUUACAAAUAUCGCCAAAUACACGUCAAAUAAGUCAACAAUCACAGCAAACCAGUUGACGUCGAAGGCCUCUUUUCAUUUAGUGGAAACUGACUUUCUCAUUGACUAUCCCAAACCGACUUUGCCUCACAUUGCAUUUGUUGGAGGAAUAUCUACCCAGCCGUCUAAACGUUUAUCGGAAUUGUUUCAGACAUUCAUGGAUUCGAGUGUGUAUGGUGCUGUUAUCGUGUCGCUAGGAAGUGGACUGAAUGGUUUCCCUCAAGAACGAAUUGAUACUUUUGUCAAAGCAUUUAAACGACACACUGACUUAAAUUUCAUCUUAAAACAUGGCAAUUCGGGAUAUAUAGAUAAAAAUAUCAUGUUUUCACCCUGGAUACCACAAAAUGACCUUUUAGGCCACCCUAAGACUGUUGCAUUCAUGACUCACUGUGGAAACAAUGGUCAAUUUGAGGCCUUGUAUCACGGUAUUCCGAUGAUAGGAUUUCCACUGUUUUCCGAUCAAUAUUACAACUGUGAACGUAUGAGGCAAAAAGUGUAUGGCGUUGUACUCGAAUUUUGCACAUUUGGUGUCAAUGACAUUGAGGAAGCUUUAAGGAACAUUACAACACAGAAACGUUACAUACGGACUAUAAAGAAUGCGUCAACGAUAUUCCGUGGUCGAUCUGAAAGUCCCCUACAGCAUGCUUCAUAUUGGGUAGAUCACAUAGUUCGAUAUGGAAACAAGUUUGUCCAUUCGUACUCGGUAGACAUGCCCUGGUACCAGUACUAUCUUCUAGAUAUUCUUAUGUUUGUGGGAAUGGUCUUGUUUGCUGUCGUUUACACAGUAUAUGUACUCUUUGAUAAAUGGAGGUAUAUCUAUUGUCGGAGGAAUGGUAAUGGUCUGUUUAAUAAGAUUAAAAGGAACUGAAGAGAUCUUGAAUACAAGCUUUGCUAUAUUAUUCCAUAUUCGGACGACUUUCCAUCAAUCUUGAAAUAUCUAGACAGUUUUGUUAGUUAAAGUGCGGUGAUGGAAUAAUUAAUUUGCUAUUUUCUUCUUUGUAGGGUUUUUAUUGAUUGUAAUAUACUCAUUUGUUAGUACAGUACAAUAUGAAAUAAAAGCGUUUAUCGUAAUUAAAAAGAAAUUUCGUUAUUUAUACAUUAGCGGUAAAAAUAUAUUUACACGUAGAUACCAUACUUGGGAUGCUUAUUUUUAAAUGAGGCCGUUAGUUCAUUGUAUGAGUAUAGACGCUAGAGUGAUCAUCAAAGUGAAGUGUUUAAAGUAGCACGGUGUAGACCCAAUAUCGACAACAACGUCACAAGCUUUGAUGUUACUGUUAUGUCUGCCCAUUCAGAGGAAAUACAACACAGGCUGUAGACGUGACUGUAUAUAAUAAGUGUAUUGACAUGGAAUACAUGUCCGACACACGACUGUUAAACAGCGACACUGUCAAUAAAACCAAUGGCAGACAUUAUUUUCCGGUGAUUAAUGUAAAGGUCGUAUCAAGUUUAGCAAAUAAAAGGAUAUAUUAGGUUUCCAACUCAGAAUUCAUUAUGAUCCAU